AUGGCUGCGGUGGACCCGCCAGCUGGUCUGAUGGACAUCGCCAGCACGCUGUCCCAGGAUGAUAUCCCGAUGAAGCUGCGAUGCGCUAUUUGCAACAUGCUGGCGGUUAAUGCUUUUCGCCUGCCUUGUUGCGACCAGUCAAUCUGCGAAUCCUGCCAGUCAUCUCUCGUCGAUACCUGCCCGGUCUGCGCACAUUCUCCCGUCUCUCCGGAUCUCUGCAAACCAAAUAAAGCUCUGCGCACAACUUUGAAGGCCUAUCUGCGGACCGAAGAGAAGAAACGGGAGAAGGACCGCCAGGCCGCGGCGGCUUCUACCCCAACAAUUCCCACUCCUGCGGAGAGUGAAAACCCUCCUACGGACACCCCGGUCGAUCAGAUCGCCAUCGGGUCAACGCCGGCAGAGACACCUGAGGUCCCCGCGACUCAGGUAAUCGCGUCUGAUGAACCUACGUUGGGGACCGAGGUUGCGGAGACGACCGAGAGUGCAGUGGAAAACACCACUCUUGACCUACAAAAGCCGACAGAUGAGCCCAAUGAGAUGACUGGUGAGCAGAUGACAGGCCCGUCGAACACUGCGGACGCGAACGCUCCCCCAACCGAUGUCGAUGUACCUAUCUCCGAUGGAUUGGCCCAGGAGGCGCCUAAGGCCGAACCUACCGCGAUGAACAUGAACGGGGGAUUCGCUGGGAUGGGCUGGAACGGCAAUGGCAACUUCAACGGCAUGAACCCAUUCAUGGCCAAUCCUAUGUUCAAUUUCCCGAAUCCGAUGGGUAUGACCAUGGGAAUGGACCCGAUGGCAAAUCAGGGGAUGUUCGGAGAUUACGGGAUGAACAUGACUGGCAUGGGCAUGAACGGAAUGAAUUUCGAAGGGCAGGGCAUGUAUGGAUCCUUAGGUUGGGACUCUCAGCAAAACAUGUGGCAAGGCGGCCAAGAUAAAUUCAAUCCAAAUGCUUUCGCGAAUGGCUCUGGCCCUCCGUAUGGAGGAGCAUUUGGCGGAUCUAAUAUGUCUUACCCUAACGAUUUCCAGUCUGGAUACAACGGGCCAGGAUAUGGUCGUGGUGGGUUCCGGGGUCGGGGUCGAGGCAAUUUCUACGGCCCUGGUCGAGGUGCAUAUGGUGGCCAUGGACAAGGACACUACGGUCAUGCUAACCACGGACUUCCUAACCGCCCUGUCUCCAGUGCUUCAGCGGGACCCAAUAUGGCCGUUGAUCCUGAAGCUUCCCAAGGGAUUGAGAAUAAUGGCCUUGCAGAUGCCACCACAGAUGGCAAUGAUGCUGUGUCUGCAAAUCCAGCUUCAGUCGAUGACCAACAACCACAGGGCAUUCCUACCAUUGAUAGUUUAGACCAGGCCCAACCAAUCGGGCCGGGUGGCUAUCAGGGUCCCAUGGGCCCUGGAUACGGCCGAGGUGGCUACAUGCGGGGUUCCAACCGUGGAGGCUAUUGGGGCGGACAUAUGUCUCAAUCGCAUUUAGAACCAAGAAAUCCCGGCGUGGAGGGAGCUCCAGCAGCCCCGCGGGCAAUGCGACAAGGGCUGCCCAAUACUAGCGUCCUGCGACAGCGAGGUUUCCAUCAAGGACGGCCCUCAAUUAGCAAUAGUAUGGGAGGGCCCACAAAGAGCGACCCCGAUACUCCUACCCUGCCUGGCGGGUUAUCUCGCGACCCGUCUCAACCUCCGCGUGCUUCCCGCUCUCGUUCUCCUUCCCAACACCAAGCUUCUCGAGCUCAAUCGCCCUCAGCGACUGCAGCUGACGAUGAUCGAGGGAGUCGUCGCGAUCGCGAUGUGAGGCGCCUUAUAGAGCGCCGAACCAACUCACCAUCUGCAGCAUCCUCAAGACGCUCUUCACGCCCCCGUCAUCAUGACAGUGACCGGGAACGACGCAGUGGCCGUCGAUCGCAUCGAUCACGUCGCCACCACAGUCGUAGUCGUAGCCACAGUCGCAGCCGCAGCCGCAGCCGCAGCCACAGCCACAACCGCAGUCUCACCCGAGACAACGAUAGCCGUCAGCCUGACCGUCUUGCAGCGGUUGCGAAGGAUGAGCCCAACGGCCAUUCUAGAUCGUCUGGAAAAAUCCACCCCCGUGACCUCGCAAGCCGAAUCGGGAAUUCUCAUCGAACGAGCAGGGAUCGGCCCAGCCGUCGUGAACAAGAUAGAGAUCGAGACCGCCCCCGAGAAAGUCGCCGUGGUGAACAUGACAAAGAUCGGGGACGCGACCGUCGUGAUCGAGACCGGGGAGACCGCACAGAUCGAGCAGAUCGGGACUCAGGACGAGACCGCGACCGUGAUCGUGACCGUCGUCGAGACCGUGACCGCGAAAGAGAACGUGACCGAGACCGCGGAGGCAGAGAUCGCGAAAGAGACCGUAAACGUUCCCGCCGUGAUCGAUCAGAAUCCGCGAAUACCAGCGAUCACUCUUCCCAUCCACGAGCCCGGCGUGUCAAACGUGAGACGAACGACCGUAAAGACCGCGAUCCUCCAACUACUGCACAAGAGCCCGAGAAAGAUCCCCACACUCUAGAGCGUGAAGCGCGAAACCGCGAACGCCUCCAACGCGAGCAACAACGCCGCGAACAGGCUAAAUCUGGCAACCGCCGCGACAGUCGGCAAGAACGUGCGGGGGCCGGCCGCCGCAUCAAUUACAAGUAUGACGGUGAUCUUUAG